UCUGUCUUGGUUGUCGUCAAAGGACACUGUUUUCGGUGUAUGCGGCGUGUGGGAGCUGAAAACAGAUACGGGAGCCUCGUCAGAGGACGCAGAUGUCGAGCAAAGGGUGGACGUCGGGUUCGAGCUACUAGUCCCCGCAGGACCAUGGGGCUGGCGGAGCUGCUGCUGGGGCUGCUGUGCUUCCGCUCUGCUCUGGUUUGUGCAGGCUGCACUGAGCGGAUGGAGGUCCAUACAGAGCGGAGGGGUGUGAUCUACAGUCCCUCCUGGCCUUUAAACUACCCAGCUGGAGUCAACUGCAGCUGGCAUAUCCAAGGAGGUCAGGGAGAGGUCAUUACCAUAAGUUUCCGUAACUUUGACUUGGCUGAGUCAGGCAGCUGUUUGGAGGACUGGCUCCUGUUGACUCCUUCAUGGAACGGGGAAUCCAGGCUGUGUGGCUCCAUGCGGCCUCCACCUUUCAUCUCCACCAGGGGGCGUGUUUGGCUCUAUUUCCACUCUCAGGCCAAUAGCUCUGGGCAAGCCCAGGGUUUCCGUCUCUCCUACAUCAGAGGUCACCUGGGCCAGAGCAGCUGUCAGUCAGAUGAGUUCCUGUGUGGGAAUGGAAAGUGUCUUCCUCGCUCCUGGAAGUGCAAUGGUCAGGAUGAAUGCGGUGAUGCCACCGAUGAACACAGCUGCUCCCUCCCUCCCACUGAGGCUCAGCCUAGCCUCUGCCCCUUUGGCUCCCUGCCAUGCACUGAGGCCCAGUCCACCCGUUGUCUGCCUGCUGCUCUGCGCUGCAAUGGAGCCAGAGACUGCCCUGAUGGUACCGACGAGCUAGGUUGCCCUGACACCACCUGUGGAAAACGUCUGGGGAAUUUCUACGGCUCCUUUGCUUCCCCAGAUUUCUUCCGGGCUAACAGGAGCGCUUUGGCUGAGCUCAGGUGUUCCUGGUUGAUGGACACCCAGGACUCCAAACCCAUUGUGCUGCAGCUGGACCUGCAGCUUGGGCCCAGAGACUCGCUGCAUGUUUACGACGGCCUGCUGCAGCAGGCAGAGCAUCUCUUACAGGUGUUGUCAUAUCAUAACAACAGGCGUCCGGCCCUGCUGGAGUCAAGCCGGGGACAGAUGAGUGUGUUGUACACUGCUCAGCCUCACAGCCCUGGACAUGGUUUCAAUGCCACAUACCAGGUCAAAGGCUACUGUUUUCCUGGCGAGCGUCCCUGUGGCAGUGAUCAGGGCUGCUAUUCUGAACAUCAACGCUGCGACGGCUACUGGCACUGCCCCUCCGGCCGCGAUGAAGAAGCCUGCCCAACGUGCCCAGAUGGGGAGUUUCCCUGCGAGGGUGCUACUGGAGUGUGCUACCCGCUCUCUGAACGAUGUAACAACCAGAAGAGGUGCCCAGAUGGGUCAGAUGAGAAGAACUGCUAUGACUGCCAACCGGGAAACUUUCACUGUGGCACUAACCUGUGUAUCUUUGAGACCUGGCGGUGUGACGGCCAAGAGGACUGCUUAGACGGGAGCGAUGAAAAGGACUGCCUGGUGGCGGUGCCCAGGAAAGUGAUUACUGCCGCUCUAAUCGGCAGCCUGGUCUGCAGUCUGCUGCUGGUCAUUGCUCUCAGCUGUGCCCUCAAACUCCACUCGCUCAGAAGCAGAGAGUACAGAGCAUUUGAGACUCAGAUGACUCGCAUGGAGGCAGAGUUUGUUCAGAGAGAGGCUCCCCCCUCUUAUGGCCAGCUUAUCGCCCAGGGUCUCAUCCCUCCAGUGGAGGAUUUCCCAGUAUACAACCCCACCCAGACCUCUGUCUUACAGAACCUACGGUUGGCAAUGCACAGACAGAUCAGACGUCACUCUACACGGCGCUCAACCUCCUCUUCCUCUCGGCGACGUCUUGGGCAUCUGUGGAGUUGCCUGUUCCACAGUGGAGGGCGAUCCAGAGGCCACGCCCCACUGCUGGAUCCCCCUGGAUCUACACAGGUCACACUGGGGCUCCAUAGCUACCGAACUGUGAGGGAGCGAGGGCCUCAGGCUAGGGCCAGGGAUAGGCUUGGGCUUGGGGAUGAGUUCGGUGUAGUGUGUGUGCCAGACUCCUCCUGCUCAGCCACCAUGGACCUGCAGCCUUGUACACCAGAAAGCCCUGCAUCACCUCUCUCCUCUCAGUCAGUGGACAGUCCAGAUGAAGAGGAACUGCCACCUGUCAGCAGGGAAGGCACUGGGGCUGCACGCUCUGAGCCUCCUACCCCUAGACAGAGUGACUCUUCAGCUCACAGUGCACUUCCUCCCACCCCCCAGGAAGCCACUGCGCCCCUAUGCCACCCCCGGGCAUCUAGGAAACUGGUUCUGGAGCUUGCAGUUAACCUGAAAGGUGUUUCCUUGAGACGUUACUCUCCUCUAGGUCCCCUGUCUCCUGUCUCAGCCCCCGUGUUUCCCAGCAGCUCUCAGUCACCAACCACACAACUUCACACUUCACCUGCUGACCCCUUGUCUUCUUCUGUGAAAGCGGAGGACAGCAACUUUACUGUGGAAUUGCCAAUCAGGGAAAGAAGAGUCAGGAAUGAGAGGAUGAGGGAGGGCAAGAGCAGGCCCUGCAGGUUCAGCAAGACCCUCAGUGAUGAGGGAGGGGAUUCGGGGAGAGAGACAACGCCGUGCUGA